UAUACCUUUAGUCACGGAGGCGCUGCGUAGAGAUUCAGGCUUGUGCGAUCGUUGGUUGUGAGCCGUCUGUUCUUGGUAAAUAACUACAAUCAGACGAAAAUGUCUGGCAGAGGGAAAACCGGAGGCAAAGCCCGAGCAAAGGCCAAAUCUCGCUCUUCUCGUGCCGGACUCCAGUUCCCGGUGGGUCGAGUCCACAGGCUACUGCGCAAAGGCAACUACGCAGAGCGCGUCGGCGCCGGGGCUCCGGUGUAUCUGGCGGCCGUGCUGGAGUAUCUGACCGCUGAGAUCCUGGAGCUGGCAGGCAACGCGGCCAGAGACAACAAGAAGACCAGGAUCAUCCCGCGGCACCUCCAGCUGGCCGUGCGCAACGACGAGGAGCUCAACAAACUGCUGGGAGGUGUGACCAUCGCUCAGGGAGGAGUGCUGCCCAACAUCCAGGCUGUCCUCCUCCCCAAGAAGACGGAGAAACCGGCCAAGAGCAAGUAAAAGACUCCCCGCAAGCCCGGAUUCAGUCGGGACAAAGGGCUCACCUCGGAGCCGGCCACUUUUUCAUAUCAGUGUUCGUUUUUUUUGGAUAAACAUUUGAAAUAGGGAGCAGUGUUUUGGUGUUGCAGUUUCUACAUUGAAAACAUACACUCGCUUCUCAUCGGGACUAUUCAUAGACUGCUCAGUAUCCACUGUUGUGUUCUUGGUCUCGAAAAUGGAGGCGCUUUCCUGAAGGCUGGAGAUGAUGAAGGCCGCGGAAAAAAUCCCGUUCUUAAUAUGGACCAAUUGUGAGGGGAGGGGUUGUUUUUAGUUUCGCAAUGCUGCUACAAAACGUGCAAAAUUGUUGUAUUGUUAUGUCGUGUUUCAAUAAAUGUCCUGCAGUCUUUUGGCACAGGGCGAAUACA